AUGCCUGUACGACAACGAGGUGGAGCUGGCUCAGUCGCUCGGCCUUGCCACAGCUUACAGGUAAGAUAUGGACAAGACGUCAAGCCAAAGAUAAAGCCAGAGCCUUCUACCAACGACGAUGGUGUGAUCGACCUCUGCGACUCAGACGACGCUUCCGAAUCAGAGGACGACUUUUUAAGCAGCUCCACCUCACGGCGAGCAACCAAAAAGCAACGCUCACCCUCGACCUCAACGUCCUCCUCCACAGCUAAGCUGUACGCUAUCGCCCGAAUCGUCACCCUCGCAACCGACGGGGUCUCCUCCCUCGCCGAAUCCUCCUCUAAACUAGCCUCUAUCAACUCCGGCAUUCUCUCUCGAAUCCAAAAAUCAAUCGCUCUCGCCAAACACCCAGGCACAGGAGAAGCAGAAGCCCAACAAGCCCUUCGUCUAGCAACGCGACUCAUGUCCUCUCAAAACCUAACCCAAGCCGACCUGCUAGCCUCUUCCACCUCCGAAGCCAAUCAAAGCCGUGCUGGAAUGUCGAUCGUUGAAAUCGUCUCCCAGACCACCGCUUGCCCCCGCAAUGAGAGUUGGGUGAAUCAGGUCGCUAUAGCGGUGAAUCUUUUCUUUGACGUCAAGGCGUAUUCGACUUCGUACGCAAAUAGGACCAAGUUGAGUUGGACUUUCUACGGGUUGGCCGUAAAUACUGUUGCUGCGGCACAUGCGUUUGAGAUGGUACAUAAUCAGGUGUUGACAUGGGCGGGCGAAAAGGCGAGGAGCGGGGAGGUAAAGGGCAAGACGGGAAAGAACAGUUAUUCUCAAGGGCUGGCAAGUGGACUGAUCGGGCUGGCGAAGGGGGAGAAGAAGGAGGAAUUGAGCAAGGCGAUCGAGGGUGAGAAGAAGAGCUUGAGGGAUGCGGAUAGGGAGGAGGGGGAAAGGCUUAAGAAGGAGAAGCAGAGAUUGAGGCAUCCGGUGGUGCAGAGCGGGGUCACACCGGAGCCAGAGCAAGAUGGUGGUCCAACGGUAUCAAGAUCCAGGAAUGCCAAGUUGGAAGAUGUAGCGGACCAAGAAGAUGUAAAGCCUUUCCGGAACGGGAAUGGGCUUAAGCGAUCUGCCUCAGAAACACCCGAAAACUACGGUUAUGCGCAGUGGGGAUUCACCGACCAUCCCUCGGCCUCUUCCUUCUCCGACGCUAAGGAUCAGUUCUACGACUCGCACCCAACUCCUCCCUUCCCCUGCGAAGAAGACAUCAAAGCAACCUUCGACGAAGCCCUAGAAUCAGACAUAAUUGACCUGACCAACCACCCCGAUGACGACAGUCUCGACAUGAAAUCCUCCCUACCAGAUGUCAAGCCCUACCUUGCCAAACGCGAUCCAGAUAUCAAAGAGGAACAAGUAGGGGCGGGUUGGCAAUCAAGCAACCAACUGAUUCGGUUCCGACAAGAUGCAGAACAGAUCGCAGAUGAUUAUUUAGCUUCGCAACAUGGAGAAUUGAAGCUGAAGAAAAGAGCAAAGUCAACGUAUAGGAAGGAUGCAGUGGCUUUUGAACAGGGAAGGAGGGAUGCGAGUAAGAUCGAUGUCAAGAGGAAGCGGAUUCAGGGUUGA